GUAUGGCGGCGUCUAGCGAUGAGUUACUGCUGCCGCGGCUCCCGGAGCUGUUCGAAACUAGCCAGCGACUUCUGGACGAAGUAGAAGUAGCUACUGAACCCAGCGGCUCCCGGGCAAUCCAGGAUAAGGUGUUUAAGGGACUGGACCUACUUCACAAGGCUGCCGAAAUGUUAUCGCAGCUCGAUUUGUUCAGCCGAAAUGAAGAUUUGGAAGAGAUUGCCUCUGCCGACCUGAAGUAUUUGCUGGUGCCAGCGUUUCAAGGAGCCCUCACCAUGAAACAGGUCAACCCCAGCAAGCGCCUAGAUCAUUUGCAGCAGGCUCGAGAACACUUUAUAAACUACUUAACUCAGUGCCAUUGCUAUCAUGUGGCAGAGUUUCAGCUGCCCCAAACCAAGAGCAACUCAGCUGAGAAUCACAGUGCUAGUUCCUCCAUGGCCUAUCCUAACCUCGUUGCUAUGGCAUCUCAAAGACAGGCUAAAAUAGAGAGAUACAAGCAAAAGAAGGAGAUGGAGCAGAGGUUGUCUGCACUGAAAUCUGCUGUGGAAAGUGGACAAGCAGAUGAUGAGCGUGUUCGAGAGUAUUACCUCCUUCACCUUAGGAGGUGGAUUGGUAUCAGCCUAGAGGAGAUGGAGAGCAUUGACCAGGAAAUAAGGAUCCUCAAAGAAAAAGACUCUUCUCCAAGAGAGGUGUCAACUUCUCACUCAUCUCUUCAGGCAAAACCUCCAAUGAAACCCUUCAUCCUCACUCGGAACAAGGCCCAAGCAACAGUAUUUGGAUCUGGUUAUCCAAGCCUGGCAACUAUGACUGUGAGUGACUGGUAUGAGCAACAUCAGAAAUUCAAAGCAUUACCAGAUCAAGGAAUUGCCAGUCCAACAUCAGCUGAAACCAAAAAAGCAGCCCAACAACAGGAAGAUCAAGAAGAAAAAGAAGAAGAUGAUGAGAAAACAGUCCACAGAAUGCGGGAAUGGGAUGACUGGAAGGACACCCACCCUAGGGGCUAUGGCAACCGACAGAAUAUGGGUUAAUCUUCCCUCAAUAUGACCCAAUGACUACAUGAUGGCAGAGGAAACAUGUUGGCAGAUGACACAGCACAGCUUCCCUGCCCAGGAAAGCUGUACCUUCACUGUCCUGUGCUCCUGCUUCAGCUGUUUGCAACAAAUGCAAAGAUAUGGAAUCUUUCUUUGCAUUCAGAAAAGUGUCAAACAGUUAAAAGUGUGUUUGUGUACCCUAGAUGAUGACCAGUGGUCUUGUUUUAGUACUAUUGUCAUGGUGUGUUCUGAAUUCUUAAGCAUAUAGAAAAGAGCACUGAGAAAUGCCUCUCUAUUAUUAAUGGCUAUGUACAUUCUCUUGAGAAAAUAAAAUUCCUUCUAUCAUG